GGCGCCGGUCCCGACGAGCAUCCACCUCGGUAACAGUUGACUGGGCAGUUGCCUGACGACCGAAACUGGGCAUUCCAAACAAUUGGGACCCUGGAACCGCAGCCGCAAGGUUGUGAGCGGCUGCUUGGGCCUCCCAUCCCUCGGGGGAGCGCCGCCUUGGGCAUUUUACCAUGGCUUACACCCGAGAGUCUGUCCAGAACCCUGCGUUGAAUAACGCUGAUGCCUUCUUGGGAAAAGUGCAGGGUACCAAGAAACUGCCCUAUAUGAAGACAAUUUACCUUGCUCAGCAACAGGAACCCUGGCGUCGACUCAGCUUAAUUCCCACAGCCACCUCCCUGAGAAGGGAUAUUUAUUUUUUUGAUCCUAAGAUUCCGAAGGAUGACCUGGAUUUCCGCUUAUCAGCCUUGUACAACCAACACACUGGGAUCUUCAACAACAAAAAUGAGAUACUGCUCCACCAGGAGACCAUCAAGGAUACCCACGGAAUCGUGGCCCAGUUCCCUGGAGAAUGUUUAGCCCCUGCCCCACCACCUCCUAUCACUUCCCGAGCUAACAUUAGACACUGGAUCAACCCUAAAAAGGAAUCCAUCCACAGCAUCCAGGGCUCCAUAGUGUCCCCUCACACUGCAGCCACAAAUGGAGGCUACUCCCGAAAGAAUGACGGUGGCUUCUUCUCCACCUAAUGUUGACAGGCUCCUGGACUAAGUAAUCAUACGGCACUCUCCUGCCGCUCACCUCAUUAAAUAGAUUUGUGCAAGAUGGAGCCUGAAGUGUCCGUUACCCAUGA